AUGUAUCAGUUUGGGCCCAGAUUUAAGAAGCGGAAUACAACAGAGAUGGACACUGCCAGGGCUGCUGAAGGCGCUGAAGCAGGGGAAGAGGAUGGGUGGCAGUACAACCUUAGGGCUUGUCAGCAUAAGGGCAUCAAAUGGGCACACCAUCAGCAACAGGCGGCAACACAGCCUGCUGUUGCUUGUGCAGGCAGGGAUAUUGCUGGUGGUGUUAUCCAGCAUGGUGACAAGGCCAUGACUUCUGAGUACCUCCCAGUGGAUGCCUUGAGCUUUGCCUACAAGCCCCAGGAUGCAGUGGCCAUGUUGGAUGGACCAGGUGUCUCAACCAUCAUCCUUCCUGGCCUGAAAGACUUGAUCAUGAGGGAACAGGUUGCAGCAGCUUCUUCAAGCAUCCGAAUGGGUCACAAGGUUCCAGACUUUGUAGUGUACAUGGUCCUGGAGCAGCUCAGUCUGGUGGCGCCUUUCAGCCACCACUUAGUAAAGAGUGGAUUCGGCAAGAGGAUCAGUUGA